CUACAAUUAGCCCCCCCAAAUCACACAAUAAAAAAAAUAAAAAUAUAAUUAAAAAUUUUAUUAUGUUUUUAAAAAAAUAAUUAAAACUUUAUAACUUUUAUUCAACCCAAAAACAUAUACAAAUAAUAACAAUAAUAAAAAUUGCAAUAAAAGUUUAUAACUUUUAAAAAAAAUGUCUGAUAAUUGUCUUCUAGAGACUGUUAAAAAAGGAAAAUUACCACCAAUUAAAGAAUUUUUCAGCUUUGAUACUUCCGAAAAUCCAAAACAAAAAUUUGUCCGUAAAUCAACAGAUCCAUCAGAGCACUGUUAUUCAAGAAAAAAGCUCGCUACCUCAAAUUCUAACGGGGGUCCAUCUUAUAUCUUAGAUAAUUCUAGAUCAUUAAAUACUCAAACAGAUGAUGUUUUCGAUAAUAUGUAUCCAAACUACAAUAAUGAUCAUCUAGUUCAACCACAUUUCCAUAUGAAUAGCCAGCAAAUUCCAUUAAAUGUAACGCAAACCAUUCAAAACCACUCAAAUUUUCAUGAUAUGAAUACCCUACAAACCCAAUCAAAUAUAUCGCAAACCGUUCAAACCCAAUCAAAUUUUCUUGAUAUGAAUACCGAGCAAAUCCAACCAAAUGUAUCGCAAACCAUUCAAACCCAAUCAAAUUUCCAUGAUAUGAAUACCCAGCAAAUUCCAUUAAAUGUAACGCAAACCGUGCAAAACCACUCAAAUCUACAUGAUAUGAAUACCCUACAAAUCCAUGAUAUGAAUACCCUGCAAACCCAAUCAAAUGUAUCGCAAACCGAAUACCAACUAACCCCAGAAGAUUGGGAACGUCCAACUGCAAUAAAGAUGCAACAAACUCAUCAAU